ACAGAUCAUCAUUUUUCCUUCAUUCACCGCUCACCGCGCUGCCUUCCUUCGGGGAAUUGUUCUAUCCCGUAUGUUUAUCGGUUUACCGAAGAAAAAAAGGUAGACUGGCUAUUGGUAAAUCCCAUCGAAACUCAUUCGGCACGGCAAUUGCGUCCUUAGAUUUUGUUAUUUCGCCCAUUAAGACGUGUUGCGACACUUUUUCACACCGUGCAGAAACAGUGACCUGGCAAGAUUUCUUUGUUUUUUUUUUUUGGUUUAAGUUGUGCUCUACAACAGAUAAAACGCUGAGGUGCAUCGCAUAUCGUGCCCACGUAGGCCAAAUUAUCUUCUCUUUAUUUGUCUGUUACUGUGUGUGUGUGUGUGUGUGUGUGUGUGUGUGUGUGGGUGUGUGUGUGUGUGGGUGUGUGUGUGUGUGUUUGUGUGUGUGUGUGUGUGUGUGUGUGUGUGUGUGUGUGUGUGUGGGGUGAAAUCUGUUCCAGCGAGAAAGUUGUUGGAGUGUGUCGGGGGUAGUUAGGCUAGGUAAACGAAGAGAUGCGAAGUUACGCUAGGUGACCGGGCGGAUUGUGUGAGCUGGCACCUUAGCAUCAAAAAACGCUGACAGCGACUCCCCCCACACGGUCCUCUUGUGGGCCAAUGUCAAUCGCACCCCAGCAGGGGGUACUCAGAAAGCAGGGCAACCCUUGCAAUCCCGUCCGAAAAGCAAACCAAUCAACCGGCACAACUGUCUGUCGCACAGGAGCCUUUCCCACGCACGAAUCGAUCAACGGGUACAGUCGUACACGCACGCUACCGUACCCGAAGGAGGCCACAAUCAGACUGAUCCUUGCUUCUUUUACUCCGCAUCCGAAAAGACACAGCCAAAAUGGCGCUGAAGAUGGUAAAAGGCAACCUCGAACGGAUGUUUGACAAAAACCUUACCGAUCUGGUUCGGGGCAUACGCAACAACAAAGAUAACGAGGCCAAGUAUAUUGCACAGUGCAUUGAGGAGAUCAAGCAGGAGCUGCGGCAGGAUAACGUGAACGUAAAGAGCAAUGCGGUGGCAAAGCUAACCUACCUGCAGAUGUGCGGUUACGACAUCUCGUGGGCUGGCUUUAACAUAAUCGAGGUGAUGAGCUCGAAUCGGUUCACCUGCAAGCGAAUUGGCUACCUUGCCGCUAGCCAGUGCUUCCAUCCGGACAGCGAAUUGCUCAUGCUGACGACGAACAUGAUCCGGAAGGAUCUGAGUUCCACCAAUCAGUACGAUGCAGGCGUUGCCCUUUCCGGUCUAAGUUGCUUCAUCUCGACCGAUCUGUCGCGGGAUCUCGCCAACGACAUCAUGACGCUGAUGAGCUCCACCAAACCGUAUCUGCGCAUGAAGGCGGUACUGAUGAUGUACAAAGUGUUCCUCCGGUACCCUGAAGCGCUACGGCCUGCCUUUCCCAAGCUGAAGGAAAAACUUGAAGAUCCAGACCCGAGCGUUCAGUCCGCGGCCGUCAACGUUAUUUGUGAAUUGGCUCGGAAAAAUCCGAAGAACUAUCUAUCCCUGGCGCCCAUCUUCUUCAAGCUAAUGACCACUUCGACCAACAACUGGAUGUUAAUCAAAAUUAUUAAACUGUUCGGUGCUUUAACUCCGCUAGAACCCAGAUUAGGCAAAAAGCUAAUUGAACCGUUGACCAAUUUAAUCCAUAGCACGUCGGCGAUGAGUCUAUUGUACGAAUGCAUCAAUACCGUGAUCGCGGUAUUGAUAAGUAUCAGCAGCGGCAUGCCGAACCAUAGCGCUUCCAUACAGUUGUGUGUCCAGAAGCUCCGCAUCCUAAUUGAGGACUCGGAUCAGAAUCUAAAAUAUCUCGGCCUGCUCGCAAUGUCCAAGAUCUUGAAAACACAUCCAAAGAGUGUUCAGACGCACAAGGAUCUGAUAUUGGCGUGUUUGGACGACAAGGACGAAUCGAUCCGACUGCGUGCGCUUGAUUUGCUGUACGGUAUGGUGUCGAAGAAGAACUUGAUGGAAAUUGUACGCCGACUGCUCGGACACAUGGAGCGCGCCGAAGGGUCAUCCUAUCGUGACGAGCUGCUGUACAAGGUGAUCGAAAUUUGUUCGCAGGGUUCGUACCAGUACGUCACCAACUUUGAAUGGUACCUAACCGUGCUGGUAGAGUUGAUUUUGCUCGAGUCAGGCUCGCGGCACGGCCGCUUAAUUGCUGCUCAACUGCUGGACGUGGCGAUACGAGUUCAGGCUGUGCGUACAUUCGCAGUAAAUGAAAUGGCAACGUUGCUAGACACGUACCCUGUUACGGCAGCACCGAACGGUACAAUGCAGGAAGUACUGUAUGCGGCAGCCUGGAUCGUAGGCGAGUUUGCAACCCAUCUGGAAGGACCGGAGCGUACGUUGAGCGUAUUAUUACAACCAAAGCCCGUUGCUGGUCACAUUCAAGCGGUAUACGUACAGAACGCGUUAAAAUUGUUUGCUCAUCUGGUUGAUGAAGCUGUACGAAACCGGGAUGCAGCCGCCAUCGACCGGUACUGCCAAAAGUUGCACGAAGGUCUACGCAGCUACCUCAGCUCGGCCGACAUCGAGGUGCAGGAGCGUGCCAGUUCUGUGUUCUUUUUGGUUGCGCUACUCCGUGAAUCUCUUGGUGCGGCUGAACAGACCGUAUCGCUAAGUGGUUUGCUGGAAAUAACGUCCGAUACACGAACGGGGGCUCCCGUAGAAGUGGGAGAUGAACAUAUCUCGAACUCGAUGACGAAUGAUACCUCAGGCUACACCUGUGCCGCAUGGGACGAGAUUGAGCAGAUUGCCACAGAUCUGCAGGGGUUAUUUGUCAGCGAGCUGAAUCCGGUUGCACCAAAAGCCCAACGCAAGGUGCAACUGCCAGACGAUCUGGAUCUGGACGAGUGGAUCAACCAGCCGCCCCCAUCGGCGGAUGCAAGUAGCGCAGACGGAGGUUCGAGUGACGAAGACUCGAAAUUCCCACUAUUUCUCACGGACAGCGCAGGUCGGAGUGGAGCUGGUGGUGAACGUGAAACGAAUGACGGUGGUGGUGGAUCACGCUCCUAUAAGCGCAUAGAAUACACACAGGAAGAGCUUGACAAGAUGAGACAAACACGACUCCUGGAGCAAACAAACAAUCCAAACUAUCUUAAGCCGGCCAAAAAGAAGGCACCAUCCGCUGACUGUCAGCAGCAGCACGAUGGUUACGACGAUAUACCGAUCGCUGAAAUUGCUCUUGAGGUGCCUCUUCAAAUACAUUCCACAAAACGUUCAGACAAGUAUCUCAUGGAUGCUGACCGAUCAACGCGUGUAUUCGUUGGAAAGGGAGGUGGAUCAUCGCGAAAGAGCAAGGGCGAAAAAUGUGCCUCGAGCAAGAAAUCAAAGCGGCAUGGCAAGAAGACUAAACGCUGUUCAGACGAGUCCGAUUCGGAAAGCGAUGACCCCAAACCACUGCACGUCGUAAACACGGUCAUCGAGCUACCGGAAGGUGCAAUACUGUCCGACACAGAGGACAAGAACAAUGCUGACCCGAACGAUCCACAUCGGGCGCUCGAUAUUGAUUUGGAUGCCCCAUUUGACGAUGACUAUCCAGCGGAUAUGAAACGAAAAUCGGCCAACGCCAUCCAACACCACAGCAUGAUGCUUUUACGGGACGGGGAGGUCGGUACCAACGCCAAAGCCAUCACCCGAACUGACCCGAUUGGUCCUAGUAAGGAACAAUACCUUCUGCGGCACGGCAGCCGUUCUUCAUCAAAGCACGCCAAUCCAACCAUAGAUACCAGUAUCGUUCUACAAAAUCACACACAAGAAAAACAAAAGAAGAAGAAAAAAUCAUCCGACAAGGAGCAAUCAUCUUCAGCGGCAAUAAAAAAGACACCCAACGCUAAUGAAGACACAAUGAUGCUGAUGAUCGACGAAGAACCGUGCAAAACGGAACAGACCAAGGGUGCAAAAGGACGAACGAAAAAGGAGGACAAGGAUGGGGCGGUCGCCAACGAGGAGCUGGAGGAAACUAAGAGCAAGAAGAAAAAGCACAGUAAAAAGUCAUCGAAACAUCAUCAUCAUAGCAAGCGGAACGAAGAUCGACAAAAGGCAGGAUAUGAAGAGAUGCCGGCGCAAGCAGCGGUCGGAAACGAGGCCGGUAGAAAGGAUGCAAUUUAAUAUUUGCCUUUACGUUCAACCACUGCUAGGUGUGACAGUUAGCGGUUAUGUGUUACGAUAGGCAGGGAGUCACUGAUUGGACGAACAAACCCGAAUGUAACGUGUCGCAGUUCUGUUCUUUUACAGAUGUUUCGUUUACCCAGUGUGUAUUUUGUUUCCAUUGUUAAGACACGCUUAAGUAAACACUCUCACAUACAUAUACACAAACACACAGAAAAAGCAAAAAACAUUCGUUUUUGUAUCGUAUGUUGAAUCUAUAUGAAUGAGCCACUGAGGAACAAAUCCGUUGUGAAUUAGCAAAAAAAAAACACAACGAAGGAAAAUGAUCAAAUAUUUGAUGUCUAUUAUUGAGCGUUGUGGCAAGACGAAAUAAAACAGAAUUUAGCAUUGUCCAAGCGAAGCAAGGCAAGGAAGAAAGAACGCUGCGUGUAUAACUCUUCAGAACGUUCCUCUAAGGACGCGUCCUCUCCUGCUCCCAGUUAGUAAUGUGGUAGUGUGUCUCGAUUUGUCUCAUAAUUAAUAAUUAAUUAAUAAUUAUUAUCAUUAUUGCCAUUUUGAGAUCUGUAUUACUAUAAACAUAAACGGUUACUCCUUCCAGCGCUAUUCCUUUCGAAUUUUGUUUUGUUUUCGUUGCGGCCUUUUACACAAUGAAAAAUGAAUUGUACGUGAAUAAACGCAUUAGCUCGUAUUUAGGAAUGAGCAUGGAUGAGACUGUGUUAGUGAAAAUAAUGUAACACGCGACACGAUCUCGAUCGCGUCGUGAUCUCUUGUUUUACACCUACCAAACGGUUGGUUGUCGAAGGUUUUCCUCUUAUUCCAUCGCACCCACAAACCUACCUUUUCCUAGAGUUUAACGUUUUCUACGGUAUAUAAAUAGUUGCGCCGUAUGAAAUAAGCGCCAAGGAAGAAACGCAACUUAAAGUAAUGUACUAAAUGCUUCGCCUUAACUAUCCUAACAUCAUUUUACACAAGCGUUCCACAACCCUUUAAAAGGAAAGUAUAGACAGAUGGCCGGAGAAAAGCUUUCACUAUCGAAAUAACGAAAAGGAAGAGAUGUUAUUGAAAGAUUAUUAUUAUUAUACAAACAAAACAAACAAAUGCAAAACAAACGUCUAAACAUAGUCGGGAGGAAAUUUAAACUUCUUUCCAGUAUUUUUUUCACAAUUUCAAAAUUCUUUAAGUUCUUUUCUGUUUCAAACAAUAAAAAGCUAAACAUA